AUGGCACAAAAUCAAGUCAAUGUCGAUCUUGACGAACCUUCUUUGAGCACUCAGUCUUCUGAAAUUGAAAAGCAGCCGAAGAUGACCGAUGACAAUGACGGAUCUAAGAUGUCACACUAUUUGAAAGUGGUUACUGCACCGAAGAUGACCGAUGACAAUGACGGAUCUAAGAUGUCACACUAUUUGAAAGUGGUUACUGCAGUGAGCGCAUACUGGGUUUGUUCUAUAGGGCUAGUGUUUCUAAACAAGUACCUCCUGAGCAGUAAUGACCUGCAGGAAAACUUGUUGCAGAUUCUUCCUCUGUCUUUGGUGUUUGUUGGAAUGAUUGCCUUCAAUAACCUUUGCCUUAAACACGUUGGCGUAUCAUUCUAUUAUCUGGGACGUUGUCUCACCACUGUGUUCAAUGUGGUGUGUACCUAUUUGAUUUUGGGCCAGAAAACUUCCGCGCGAGCUAUAGGCUGUUGUUUCGUUAUAGUGGCCGGAUUUCUAAUGGGUGUCGAUCAAGAGGAUGCCUCAGGAACUCUUUCCGUUAUUGGGGUUAUAUAUGGUGUUUUGGCGUCGCUCUGUGUUGCUCUGAAUGCCAUCUACACGCAGAGUUCUCUUCCUAUCGUGGGCGACUCCAUUUGGCGAUUGACUAUGUAUAAUAAUCUCAACGCUUUGGUUCUUUUCCUACCUUUCAUGCUUUUCUUAGGAGAAUUCGGCGAACUACUGUAUUUCCCUCGAUUGUUUAGCCCAGUAUUUUGGAUGUGGAUGUCGCUGUCCGGUGUAUUUGGUUUUCUCAUGGGUUAUGUCACCGGUUGGCAGAUUCAGGCCACUUCUGCCCUAACUCACAACAUAUCGGGUACAGCCAAGGCUGCUGCUCAAACUGUGAUGGCAGUAGUGUACUUCUCAGAAAUUAAGACGUUCAUGUGGUGGACGAGUAAUGGUAUCGUUCUGUUCGGCUCAGCUGCUUAUACGUAUGUGAAGAAGCAAGAAAUGGACAAAAAGGCUAGCUUCCAGAUUGGUCUCAUGAAGUCUUCGGAUCGACGACCAUUGAUGAGCACUAGAGGGGAAGAUGAAGACGGUGUUGUAUAG